AAUUAAAGAUGGCGGACGUGAGCGUGUUGUUAAAGUCUUGUGGUUUGUCGCGAAAAGCUAGCAUCCGUUUACUUUUAGAAACUGCGGAGCACUCUCAGAUGCUUCAAGACAAGUCAGCUGCGUGUGAAUGGAUAGCAGAAAUGAAUGAUAUGCUUGGUAUUCGUAAAGACAGAUGGAUGGGUAUUUGCUUGCUCGCCUCAAUUGUAAAGCAAUGUCAAACUGAUGUUUUUCUUGAAAACUGUUUGUCAUGGCUCAAAUCACUCGGACAAAUUCUCCAGCAAGAGAAAGAAAAUGUUGAUCUUUGCAAUUAUGCUGCUGUGGUUUUAGAGAAGAUUAUGACAUUUUCAGUUCAGUUUUCAGAAAUCUCGAAGGAAACAUCUUUGACAUUCAUUCCUUCCUUCCUAAACAGUGCAGUUGGCAUUAGAGCGAUGGAUCCUGCAGUACAACUAAUUGUUUUAAAAGCGUGCGUUCAGUUUUAUCCUGGAGCUUCUGCUUCGUUUGCUAAGCGUGUGGAAUCUCUUAUUUUCGAUAUAUUUGACUCUGGGGACUGGACUCUAAUACAGGAAGCAUGUCGCUGUUUUGCCAUUUUACCAAGAUGUGGUGUUGUGCAAGUCUCCGGUGGUGGAGAUAAACAGACUUUAGCUUGGGAGAUGCAAUGGAAGAAAAUAUUAAGCACCUUGUUAGAUAUUAUAGGGGAACUAUACAGCACGUAUGAAACAGGUCCCUUACUCAAGAUAGAUUCUGACGUGCUGCAGUUGAAAAAAAUCUCUUUGGUUGAACCUCAAAGAACCGAAACAUGCAUUUUGCGAAUUCAAAUUUUACUAAAUUGUUUGGAUUUAAUGCUCAGAAAUAGUUUUUCUCAAGCAAAAUCAGUCAACAUCCCAUUGGAUUUAACUUCAAAAAUCAUCGAAAAAAUCCUUGCUGUCAACGCCAAGACAGUCAAAAAUAACAUGGCUUUGGAAUCUGUUUUAUUAAAGUUUUAUAUCGCUGCAAUACAUGAGUCGACGGUUAAAUUCCUAUCCUCGCUUAUCUUAUGCUGUGGAAUGAAUUUACUACCGUAUCAUCAGCAAAUCGCGAGGAUCCUUUUUUCUGAGUUGUCGUGGACUGAGUCCGAAGAAAAAAAAUAUGGUUCUCAACAAGAGUAUGGCAAACUCCGCUCUGUCAUCUAUGAGUGUCUGGAAUAUCUAGUGCAUGUGACGUCAUCUGUGGGUGAAAAUACUGGACUGGUGAAGAAAAUCAUUUCGCAUGUUCUAGACGACGUUAAACCAGUUGUAAAUACCACCAAGCUUCUUGCGGCCCCAACAUCAUCGAAGACGUCAUUACAUGGAAAAAAGGCGAAACGGAAACGCAUUCAAGAUGAUGUGACGCAACUUAGACAAAAGCAAAAAACCAACUACCAUGCAAACGAACAUUUAUGCUAUUCUGGUUUACGAGCGUUAAAUACGAUAAUUUUGAAAGGAAGCUUGGACAUUCCUGUUAAUAUCAUGAAGGAAAUACAGAUUUUCGUUGUCGGGCUUCUCCUGGAGUGCCAGCAAGUUUCAAAUUCUCAAUCUUACUAUCCAGUGCCAUAUUCCUCACCAGAAUGUCGGAAGAUGUUGUAUAGCGUACUUAAGAGUUUACUGUAUCAUCAUGAUCCACGAAAUCCACCGCCUUUACAGCACGCAAUUCUUAUCUUCAGUCAUGGAACACAGGAUGAAGACAUUGAGGUUUCAAGAUUUUGUUUCGAAGCGCAAAUGUUCUGUCAAACUCUUAUUCAUCCCCGUGUUCCUGUCUUAUCAAGACAUUUUCAUAAUGUAGACGAUCAAAACACUCGAGCAGAAGCGAUGACGGAUGCCACUGUUACAGCCAUUAGUCGUAAUGGUAGUGUGAGCGAAGAAACAAGUGUGAUCGAUCAGGAAAAACAAACUUAUUUUCAGGCAAAUGAUUCAUUCAAUUUGGCAGAGAGAAGUUCAACUGUGUCAUGUAAUGCUGCAAGCGAUAGCUCACAAAAUAACAUUGGUGAUAACAGCACAAUUACUGGAGUUACUAAUGAAGUAAUCGAUGAUCAGGCAACGAAAAUAGCAAAUGAUGAGAUACACGAUAGAGGUAAUCGAGAGAACUUUGGCCGGACAGAUGACGUUAAUUUUGAUGUAUCAACAGAACAUGCAACUGAAAAGGACAUCGACAUCGUGUUUAAUUCAAACAAAGAAUCUUCGAAUGAAUGCAGCGUUAAUGUACAAACAGCAAGUGCAGAUAUUGCCAGUAAUGAGUUGGAUCCUCCAUUAAAAAGGCGCAAGACUUUAAAUGAAGCUAACCAAGGCGUCAAAGAUGGCUCCCGAAGCUAUGAUGCUUUUAUAAAAUCAACAAAACAUAACGAAGAAGAAAUGUUAAAAUUGACAGAGGAUGAAACCAUGGCUGCUGAGAUGAUUUGUUCAUUUAUUGAUUCAGUUCCAGAUUAGGUGAUUUUCAUAAAAGUGGAUUUUGGUCAAUUUCACUUUUCUUGCGUUUACUGUUGUUUUAUAUAAAUACAAUGGACAGAGUGGGUAAGGUCACAGGUGAAAAGCUGGUUUAAAUUAAUGGACAAGAAAACAAUGUUCCCUUGAUCAAAAUUGUAGGUAAGUUUUAGCAAAAUGAAGGUUUGAUUUGAGCAUGGCUAAGAAAUGGCAGGAAAUUUCUCAACCCAUACGACCUUUUCAUUGAACAGAACAAUUUCAUUCAAUGAUCGCAUUAUGGAAACAUAACUACAACAUACAUCACCAACAAAUCUUAACGUUCAUGUUAUCAUUACUAGGUCCAUGUUAUCCAUAGGUAAUAAGUCUUUAAUUUAUCCUUCCUUAAAGUUACCGCUAGCAGCUUCCAUUACUUUAAGCUCAUAAUUAUGAGACAUAAAGUGUUUUAAAAGAACAAGAAAAAAAACAACAUCAAUGUAAAUAGUAAAACCGUAAAGUUGAACUCAUUGUCAAUCCUGUCACCAUCG